UUAAAUUGUUAACAAAUUCAUCAGUGAUUGUUGGUCAACUACAGAGUGAACGUGUGUGUUGUUAACGUACCAUCGACAGAACGUUGCCGUGUUUCCAUUUAACAAAAAAAAAGCAAAAAAGUAGAUCACAGAGAGGACUAUAUUCGACACCUAUGUGCGUGCGUUUGUGUGUCUGUUUAUCUGCAUAGUACAUAAAGUGAAAUCAAAAGGACAUUCAGUGGAUUGCGUUGUUAAACAAUAAAUACAUAUAUAUGCGAUAAACAAAAAAGUUGCUUCCCUCGCCCAAAACGUGUGUGUGUGUCUGUGUGUAAAAUAAGAAAUUACCUUGAAACAACCUGCUGUGCUAUGAAUUUCCACAGGAUAUCCAUAAUGAAAAAUGUGUUGAUGUUUUUGGCAUUAUCCUGUUGCCAUUUGCUUGCCGUCCACGGGAUAUCGUGGAAAGACUUUGCCAAAUUACGACUUUUCACUUUUGCCAGCGAUGAUGGCGGCCAACCAGCACCAGUGCCACAACAACAACAACAGGCAGCAGGAUCUGCAACAGUUAUGACUCGACAAUUAAUAUCGGGUACCAUAAAUCCCUAUAUCGUAACACCGACAUCCUAUUGUAUUUGCGUUCCGGCUGGAUCAUGUCCAAAUCCCCUGCCUACACCACCGAACGAUGGUAGUGGACAAAUCGAUAUACGAAUUGUAAAUACGGGCUCCGCGCCGGCAAUAACUCCAACACCAUUUACCUGUAACUAUGGUCUGUCGGUGUGUUGUCAGGCCGGAACAUAUCAGUGCGGGCACAGCUAUCCACCGCCACCGAAUAGUUUGCCAGCCAGUACGGGACAGGCAUCAUUUGGUGAGUACCCAUGGCAAGCGGCCCUAUUGACAACGGGAGAGGUUUAUUUGGGAUCCGGGGCCUUGAUAUCGGCCCAACAUGUGCUCACUGUGGCCCAUAAGGUGGCGAAUUUACCCAUCACUUCGUAUAAGGUUCGGAUUGGUGAAUGGGAUGCUGCCAGUACCAACGAACCCAUACCGGCUCAGGAUGUGAUGGUCGCCAAUGUUUUCAUUCAUCCCAACUACAACAAGGAUAAUCUUCAAAACGAUGUGGCCCUGCUGAAAUUGGCCACACCAGUGUCGCUGACAAGCAAAUCAACCGUGGGCACCAUUUGCCUACCCACCACCUCGUUUGUGGGUCAGCGUUGUUAUGUUGCGGGUUGGGGUAAAAAUGAUUUUGGUCCCACCGGUGCCUAUCAGGCCAUACAACGUGAAGUCGAUGUGCCGCUGAUACCGAAUGCCGAUUGUCAGGCUGCAUUGCGUCAGACGAGGUUGGGGGCAACCUUUGUGCUGGACAAUGCAAGUUUCAUAUGUGCCGGCGGUGAGGCGGGCAAGGAUGCGUGUACGGGAGAUGGCGGCUCACCCCUGGUCUGCCAAAGUAAUGGCAUUUGGUAUGUGGUCGGCAUGGUGGCCUGGGGCAUCGGCUGUGCCACAGCAGGUGUACCCGGUGUUUAUGUUAAUGUGGCCACAUAUUUACCAUGGAUACAAACAAUGAUGGCCGCAUAGUUGCGCCGCUGUUCGAUGAGGAGUACAGACCAUUAAACACCGACCACCACCUCGCAGGACAUAGGCACAGCAGUUGUAGAAAAUCGCAAAUCGUUUCAUUCAUAGUUCAUUGACUGUCGCUGGCAUUUAGGCGUAAAUUUUGUUGGUCUGACUCCGAGGUGUUUUUGGAAAAGCUUUGUCGGUGUUGCUGUGAGUGUGUGUGUGUAGAAAUGUUUAUAAUUUUGCUUUAUUCUCUUCUUUAAUGUAUUUUUUAUGAUCAUGAACAUAUUUGCAAUUAGUUUUAA